AUGGCCGAACCCACGCUCGCCGAUCUCCUCGCCGAGAUGAAGACCAUGGCUGCCGAGAUGAUGGUCCUCAAGGCCGACGUGGCUUCCGUCAAGGAGAAGACCGUCUCCUCUUCCAGUAGCGGCGAUGGCCGCCCUGGUGGUCUUCACGAACAGGAUUUCCAUCCGAAACACAAGAAGUGGGACUUUCCGCGCUUCGACGGCACGACGGACCCGCUUCUCUUCAUCAACAAAUGCGACGCCUACUUCCGCCAACACCGCACACCAGUGGAAGACCGCGUGGCCAUGGCGUCCUACCACCUCGACGACGUCGCCCAGCUCUGGUUCAUCCAGCUGCAGGCGGACGAUGGCACGCCGAACUGGACUCACUUCAAGGAUCUCUUGCACCUUCGGUUUGGGCCUCCCCUCCGCUCCGCGCCGAUGUUCGAGCUCGCUGAGUGCCGGCGUACCGACACCGUCGACGAAUAUUCCAACCGGUUUCAGGCCCUCUUGCCCCGAGCAGGCCGCCUCGAGGAGGAGCAGCGUGUUCAGCUAUACACCGGCGGCCUUCUUCCGCCCCUGAGUCACGCCGUUCGCCUUCACAAUCCGGCUACCCUCGCCGAGGCCAUGAGCCUGGCCCGCCAGGUGGAGUUGAUGGAGUUGUCCAGGCCGGCUCCGCCACCGCCUGCCCGGGCACCCCCGCGCGGCUUGCUGCCCACGCCGGCGCCGCGGCUGGCCCUGCCGGCCCCGCAGCCACCGCUGGCCCUGCCAGCCCCUCCAGCAGCUGCGCAGCAGGGCAAAGCGGAGGGCCCUCAUCGUCGACUGUCCCCGGCCGAGAUGGCGGAUCGGCGCCGCCAAGGUCUCUGCUUCAACUGCAACGAACCCUACGCCAGGGGCCACAAUCGCUUCUGCAAGCGGCUGUUCUUCGUGGACGGGGUCGAGAUCGAUGCCGCCGACGCCCCGCCCGCAGCAGCAGACACCGCAGAGGCGGACCCUGGAACCGAAGCGCCUUGUUACUCCCUGCACGCCGUCGCUGGAGUACCGGUCUCGGACACCAUUCAGAUCAAGGUGUCCGUAGGAUCGGCCUCCCUUCUCGCGCUGCUCGACAGUGGCUCCACGCACAGCUUCAUCAGCGAGGACGCGGCGCGCCUCACCGGCCUACCGAUUCAGGACCACCCGCGACUGACAGCCACGGUUGCCAAUGGCGAACGAGUGGCCUGCCCAGGCGUUAUACGGAACGCGCCUUUCUCCAUCAACGGCACCGCCUUCUCCACCGAUCUUUUUGUCAUGCCACUUGCGGGGUACGAGGUGGUGCUGGGGACGUGUUGGAUGCGCACGCUGGGCGACGUCGUGUGGAACUUCGCCGAGCGUACGAUGUCCUUCCACUCUGACGGACGCCACAUCACCUGGGCCGGCCUGCCGUCCUCAUCUGUCACCAGUUUGCGCACCAUCGCAGCGGCCAGUGGGACGCUGCUGGAUGAGCUCCUGGCCGCCUACGCCGACAUCUUCGCUGCGCCAUCAGGCCUUCCACCACCGCGUACUCGGGACCAUGCCAUCGUCCUCAAGCCAGGUUCGGCUCCCGUCGCCGUGCGGCCGUAUCGCUACCCGGCGGCCCACAAAGAUGAGCUGGAACGCCAGUGCGCCGCCAUGAUGGAGCAGGGCGUCGUCCGCCGCAGCGACUCGCCGUUUUCAUCCCCGGCGCUCCUUGUCCAAAAAGCAUUACAACAUGUGAACACAUGGGCCAUCUGA